AUGCCAGUGAAAUGUUGUUUCCACAGGUCACCAACAACAGAAACAAUGGCGUGGUCUGAAAAUAUGGACACACUUUUAACAAAUCAAGCGGGUCUAGAGGCUUUUAGAACAUUUCUAAAAUCAGAGUUUAGUGAAGAAAAUGUCGAAUUCUGGCUUGCCUGUGAAGACUUCAAGAAAACGGAAAAUGUUGAAAAAAUUGCUUCCAAAGCUAAGAUGAUUUAUUCAGAAUUCAUUGAAGCUGAUGCCCCUAAAGAGAUUAACAUUGACUUCAGUACCCGGGACCUCAUAUCAAAGAAUAUCUCGGCACCAACUCUCAAAUGCUUUGACGAAGCUCAGAAACUGAUCUAUAGUCUUAUGGCCAAAGAUUCUUUUCCUCGAUUUCUAAAGUCAGAGAUUUAUCAGAAAUUGAUAAACAGCAAACAGGUUGGAAACCAUAAAAAGUGGCUCCCAUUCUUGUAA